AACAAUACAUCAGUAAACAACACUCGGCGACACAGCAGCAAGUAGCACUCCACUAGCAAUCAUCUAGCAGUUUUCUUGCCUGUUGCAGCAUCUGUAGCUUCUUCUGUCCUUCGUGCACCUCCUGUCCGCAGCUGAUUAAUGGCGACCAUGACGGCCAUGAGCUCCUUUGCCGGCGCCGGCGCCGCCGUCCUGCCGCGCUGCUCGGCUAGCCGCUUCGGCGCCCAGUCUCUGCCAGCGCUGGGCAGACGCGCCCUCGUCGUCAGGGCACAGACCGGGGGCCCGAGCGCACCACCGCCAAACAAACCCAAGGCGAGCACCUCUAUCUGGGACGCGCUGGCGUUCAGCGGCCCUGCGCCGGAGCGCAUUAAUGGGCGCCUGGCCAUGGUGGGUUUCGUGACGGCGCUCGCCGUGGAGGCAGGGCGCGGCGACGGGCUCCUCUCGCAGCUCGGCAGCGGCACCGGGCAGGCGUGGUUCGCCUACUCCGUGGCGGUGCUAUCCGUAGCUUCUCUGGUGCCGCUGCUCCAAGGAGAGAGCGCCGAGGGCAGAGCCGGUAUCAUCAUGAACGCCAACGCGGAGCUCUGGAACGGCCGCUUCGCCAUGCUCGGACUCGUCGCUCUGGCGGCAACGGAGAUCAUCACUGGCGCGCCCUUCAUCAACGUGUAAAACUAAUAGCUUUGUUGUCGACCGGAUAACACAACCUGUACCGACUAGGACAUGUAAAUGAUGAGAACGGAUCGUCCUCGUAUUCUUUGUAGUACUAAUUACAGAUACAUACUGUAGUUCAUAUGCUA